AUGAAGCGUGUGAUCAUCUUUGCUGUUCUCAUGUCUCUGUCCCACAGCUUUGUGACGGUUAAUCUGCACAAAGGGAGGUCUAUCAGGGAGCGCCUUGCUGAAGAUGGCUUACUUAACACUUUCCUGAAGGAGAACCAUAAAAAAAUCUCUAAUAAGUACAGUCGCUCACUAUCUGCCAGUAAUGAGCCUCUUGUCAACUACAUGGAAGCCAUCUACUAUGGAAAUAUCUCCAUUGGUACCCCACCCCAGACCUUCAGAGUUCUCUUUGACACUGGUUCAUCAGAUUUUUGGUUGCCUUCAGUUAAUUGCCACAGCUUGGCUUGCAAAAACCAUCAAACCUUCAAUCCCAACAAAUCAUCUACUUUCCAUAACCUGGGCACAAAAUUCUCUCUUAAUUAUGAAUCUGGCUCCAUGGAUGGAUUUCUGGCUUAUGAUACAUUAAGGGUGUCAGACAUUGUUGUGACUGAGCAAGAGUUUGGACUGAGUACGUCAGAACCUGGAUUUGCUUAUUACUACUCUCCAUUUGAUGGCAUCUUGGGGCUUGCAUAUCCUUCGAUUUCUUCUUCUGGAUCCACACCAGUGUUUGAUAACAUGUGCAAUAGACAUCUUGUGCCUCAGGACAUCUUCUCUUUUUAUUUAAGCAGAUUUCCAUUUGCUGGCCCACCAGCUGUACUCACUUUUGGAGGAAUUGAUACAACUCGCUUCCAGGGGCCCAUCCACUGGACACCUGUAACAAGUGAAACCUACUGGCAAAUCCAGCUAGACAGUGUGAAAAUCAAUGGGGAAGUGGUUGCAUGUAGGGAUGGCUGUCAGGCCAUCAUUGACACUGGAACGUAUGCAGUAACUGCCCCAGAAGAUGCAAUUUCAAACAUUCAGAGGCUUUCAGGAUUUUCCCUGGAGAAUUCUGGCCUGUAUGUAGUGAAUUGUGGUGACCUUUUCAAGAUGCCUGAUUUGGUGAUCACAAUCAGUGGAGUGGAUUUCAUCUUAGCUCCAUAUGCCUAUACCCAGCCGAUCAAUGGGGAAAUGUGCAUGAGUGCCCUGGAGAGUGACUCGCUGUGGACGCUGGGAGAAGUCUUCCUAAAGGAAUACUACAGCAUCUUCGACAGGAGCAACAAUAGAGUGGGUCUAGCAAAAUCUGUACAGCUUUUUAAUGCUAAAUGA